CGGAGGGAGGGGGGGGGGGCAUGAAGCCGCGGCCGUCUAUAAAAAGACCCCGGGGAGGGCGAGACGGGACCACCGUGCCGCUAGCGCCGCCGGGGGGGCGAGGCAUAGGACAGACAGCGACACCAUGGCACAGUCUGUGUGGGGUUACGACAGCGACAACGGACCCGAGCGCUGGCAUGAAAACUACCCGAUGGCCAAAGGAGACAAGCAGUCGCCCAUCGAAAUCAACAGUAAAGAUGUGCGGCACGACUCUUCGCUCGCUCCUUGGCAUGCCAGUUACGACCCCGGAGCAGCCAAAACCAUCCUGAACAACGGGCGGACCUGCAGAGUUGUCUUUGAUGACAGUUUUGAUAGAUCAGUGCUGAGAGGUGGGCCGCUCACAGGAGCAUACAGGCUGCGCCAGCUGCACUUGCACUGGGGUUCAUCUGAUGACCAUGGCUCUGAGCAUGUUAUAGAUGGGGUGAAAUAUGCAGCAGAGUUACACAUGGUACACUGGAAUCCAAAACAUGGCAAUUUUGCUGGAGCUUUGAAACAACCUGAUGGUGUGGCUGUUGUGGGCAUUUUUCUGAAAGUUGGAAAAACUCCCAAACCAGAAAUGAAGAGAAUUCUUGAAGAAAUAGAUAACAUUAAAACCAAGGGGAAAGAGGCUCCUUUUCAGCACUUCGAUCCAUCAAUUCUUUUCCCCAAAUCUCGGGACUACUGGACCUACCAGGGUUCAUUCACAACACCCCCCUGUGAGGAGUGUAUCACUUGGAUUCUCUUGAGGGAGCCCAUUGAAGUCAGCCCUGACCAGAUGGCGAAGCUCCGUAGCCUUUCCAAGAAUGGUGAGAACGAAGCCAUGAACCCACUGGUUGAUAACUGGCGCCCACCUCAGCCUGUGAAGGGCAGGGUGGUGAGAGCCUCGUUCAAGUAAAGCUCUGUGGAGCCUGAGUUGAGAAAAGCCCUGCAUUCUAAAGCAUAGUUAGUUUUUGCUCUCUACUGCUUUUCCUCUGGAUCAAGAUCUGUGUUUCUCAGCUUAACAUUCUGAGUGGUAAAACUGAAUCUGAUUUUUAAAGCAGAAGAUACUCUAUGCAAUCACUAACCUUAUGGAGGAAAUGUGAGACACGUAUUCCUUGACCACAAAUUUUAGCAUUUGUGAUAGUGUCACUUCUGUCAUGUGGUCUUGGAGGAAAAAUGGGCUCAGUCCCAAUAUUUAAAAUGAAUUUCAAAGGAAAUGUAGUAAAGGCAGAAAAAUGAACCAGUAGCUCAGGAAAGCAGGAAUAACAAUGGGUCAAACAGUGCAUGAACAGGAGCUAAAAUGCCUGCUCCUACAGCAUCUUUAAUAGAUAUCUUUCUCAGAUGUCCCAUAUUGUGCAAACAUCCAAAGAAUAAACUCCUCUUUAACGUACCACAUUUUUCUUUUCCUCUCUUGUUCAUAGUUUGUUGUCCAGGAUUCUGGGGAUACAAUCAGGCAUGUUUGGCUUCUGUGUGUGAAGACAAAAAGACAUACCUUGCUGUCAUUGCAGCAUUUGCUGUCUUUGCCAUGUCCUGCAGCUGCCCAUUGAUCUUUCCUUGAUUCACUGCUACUGUUACUUCACCCAUCCAGCCCUAGAGCAUUGCUGGUAUCAGGUUGCCUUGUAUUUAGUACAGCAGCUUUAGGAUUGCUGGGGGGUGAAGUGCCUUCCUCCUGCUGCUCUACUGUUACCUCUCAGGAUGAUGGAUUUUAUCUUUGAUCCUCUGCCUAUUUUUAUUUUUUUUUGGCAUCUUAGUCUACAUAUUAAUGAUUUCACCUAUUAGGGAUUUUGUUGCAUAUGGAGAGGGUCUUUGCUGAUGACUCGUGUCAUUUGUCUUCCCUGCUACUAAAAAAAUCCAGAUUAAGUCUCCUAAGUGUUUGUUUACUGUGACUCUGCAUAGUUGGAGGCUCUAAGUGAAGUCUCUUUAGCACUGUCACUUUCUAGGGAGGCAGUUCAGCUGGCACAUACGAUAUGAGCAAAGAAUGACUGGCAGACAGAAACAUCUUCCUCUGUCCUUCACAAUGCUAAAAUGCUAUUGUUUUGGCAUGCUCCCCAAACCGUGUAACACAAAUACCACCUAGGUUAAUCCCACAUGCAGAAUAUGUGAGUAAAUAUCCUAAUAUUCACCAUUGGGAUGACUUCUCAGGGUGGUACCAAUCAGGAGAUUGGGUAGUCAAAGUCAUGGCAGGUAAAGUCUCCUGAUAUUUAAGUUUGGGGAUUAUCUUCCUUUAACUCAUGAAUAGGUGGCAGAAAUAGCUCUGGAGAUACUGCAACAAACAUGUUCACAGUGACAUACAUAAGGAAUAUGUCAAAACUUGAAAAAAUCAGGGGUACAAGUGGCUAUAAGAGGCAUUUUCCAGUCUCCCUUCACUAUUUCACCUUUCAUCUUUGCUAGAAAAAAAUGUGCUCCAGUGAUGAAGUAAGGAAUAGGCAAUACUGACUAAAUUGUGCUGUUAUUACUAUCACAAUUCAGUGAGAAUUCAGGGAAGGUGGAUUUUGAUCCUUUAUACUCACUUAGAAUUUUUCAAAUAAUUUCUGAAUUCUCAUUGAGAAUUAACAUUUCAGUUUAUUAGAAGCUUGUUUUGCUUAGUAUGAAGCAAUUUUAUUUUAAGAAACAAGUACCUGUCAGCAGAAACUGAAGUAUUGAUUGAAUCCUGUUUACGAAUGUUUGGCAUUGACUUAUCAGAAGAUCAGCUUUUGAUUUUAGGAGUGCAGCACUUGCAACAGCAUUAAUUUUAGGGGUCUCUUGAAUCUUUAAACUUCUGAGUCUUUACAUCUCAACACAUAAAAAUGUUUCUAUAGAAAGCUCAUAAACAACUUUUUCUAUUAUACUAUGUCUUACAUGUAAAAUUUCUUGUCAUAUCCUUAAGCAGUUGAUCUUGGUGUUGAGAAAGUUUCUACAUAAAUAACCGAGACAAGAAUUUGAGUCUCUCUACCUAAAAGGCAUUGACUGUGAUGUUUUAAGUUCUUAUUAUUGGGGCAAUAAAACAGGAUUAGUUGCCUGCACUUAAAAUAAUGGCUUUUGUGUCUUCCGAGAACCAAUAAACUGACUUACAUAAGAAACUGAUUUUUUUUUGGUUUUAUUGUUAAUGCUGAGUGGUGAUGGAAAGUAACAAGAACUUACUAGAAAACCUUGCUACUGUUUUCUUUGAUGCAUUUGCUUGUAAUACAAGGAUGGACAGCCCUUCUAGUAACUACCUUUUCAUCUGUUGUAGUUAAUUUUAAUAUCUCAAUAUGGUUUCUGUGUAUCCAGUCAAACCGAUCCUCAAAAACAUGAGACAUUGGAUAAAACACGUUACCCUUUUAUUUUGAUUUUUUGCCUGGACUCAAAUAUUCUCAUAUUUUUCCCAAGUUCAUGCAUUCAUAUAUGAUCUUGAAUAUCACUAACUUGAAUAUUAAUUUUGGUUUUCUUGGAAGAAGCACAUGCAUCAAUUAGCUGAAGUGGUUACAUCAUUCUGAAAUUUCCUUAUUCAUUUAUACUUUCUUAAGCACACGAAGUAAACUUUUUAAAGUGAAAUAAUAUCUUAAUUGUAAUGACACUAUGCAGUUGCUACCCACACAUCAGAUGUCCUUUACUUUAGUUAAGUGUUUCUUUUACUGCUCUUGAGUGGUAGAAUAGACAGAAGUGUAUCAACUACUGGCACAGUAGUUGUGGCUCCAACAGCAAAUACAUGCUUUGUAUAUUGGCACACAGGGAAGUCCUGCCUGAAAUAUAGGUUAUUCCCCCAUGCAUUUGCUCUCAUUCUAUUCUGUCUUCAAACAGUUAUUCCUCAGAUUGCAAAUAUGCUUUAGACUUUUGCAUUUGUCUCAAAGAAUAAAGAGUGCAUAGUCUUGUA